AGUCACAACCCCAGUCACAGUCCCAGUCACAGCCCCAGCCCCAGUCACAUCCCCAGCCCCAGUCACAGCCCCAGCCCCAGUCACAGCCCCAGUCACAACCCCAGUCACAGUCCCAGUCACAGCCCCAGCCCCAGUCACAGCCCCAGCCCCAGUCACAGCCCCAGCCCCAGUCACAGCCCCAGUCACAGCCCCAGCCCCAGUCACAGCCCCAGUCACAGUCCCAGUCACAGUCCCAGUCACAGCCCCAGUCACAGCCCCAGCCCCAGUCACAGCCCCAGCCCCAGCCCCAGUCACAGCCCCAGUCACAGCCCCAGUCACAGUCCCAGUCACAGCCCCAGUCACAGCCCCAGCCCCAGUCACAGCCCCAGCCCCAGUCACAGCCCCAGCCCCAGUCACAGCCCCAGUCACAGCCCCAGCCCCAGUCACAGCCCCAGCCCCAGUCACAGCCCCAGCCCCAGCCCCAGUCACAGCCCCAGUCACAGCCCCAGUCACAGCCCCAGCCCCAGUCACAGCCCCAGUCACAGCCCCAGUCACAGCCCCAGCCCCAGUCACAGUCACAGCCCCAGUCACAGCCCCAGCCCCAGUCACAGCCCCAGUCACAGCCCCAGUCACAGCCCCAGUCACAGCCCCAGUCACAGCCCCAGCCCCAGUCACAGCCACAGCCCCAGUCACAGCCCCAGCCCCAGUCACAGCCCCAGCCCCAGUCACAGCCCCAGUCACAGCCCCAGCCCCAGUCACAGCCCCAGCCCCAGUCACAGCCCCAGUCACAGCCCCAGUCACAGCCCCAGUCACAGCCCCAGCCCCAGUCACAGCCCCAGUCACAGCCCCAGCCCCAGUCACAGCCCCAGCCCCAGUCACAGCCCCAGCCCCAGCCCCAGUCACAGCCCCAGUCACAGCCCCAGUCAC